GCAGCUCUUCCUGGAGAUGCUGCUGGAGCGGGAGCUUCUGCGUGCAAAGCAGGAGCUCUGCCCCUGAGCUGCAUCCCUGCCCAGGAUCUCGGUGCUCCUGGAUGGCUCCAGGGGGGCAGAAACGAAAGUGGGGUGGGCGGGAUACGGUGGGGCUGCGCUGGAGAAAGAGAGGAGGAGCUCCCCUCCGGAGGGGCGUUGUUUAUUGCGUGGCACAGCAGCCCCGGGACGGCUGGGAGGGACUUGUGCAGUUGCAUCCCAGAUGCCUUUCCUUCUCCCCCGCGAAAAGUGAGAGUCGCUUUCGCCCCCGAAGCAGCACCGUUCCCACGAUGCCCCUCCGGUCCCAGAUGCUGCUGAUCCUGCUCUUCUUCGCCGCCCAGGGCGCCCACGGAGGAGCCAAGCGACAGGACGGUAAGUCUCCGAGCUGGAAAACCCAGGCAGCGCCCCACAUCCUGGGGGAGCUUGCUUGGCACCCCUUUUCUCCCCUCGGGCCCAGGCAGAAACUCCCAGUGGAGGCUGGACCGUGAAGGCGAAUGGGGAUGCUAACCCGCCUGCGCCCCAAGCCCGUGUCGCCUCUGCUUGUCUUCUUACUUAAAUCCAGCCCAGGGACGGAGCUGCCUGCCAGUGUCCUUCUCCUCCUCGUAGUCUGAGGUUUGCCCUUGCAGGACUCAGCAUGGAGACAAACCUAGAUUUAGUUGGCUGUGCCUGCGAUUGGAUCUACCGGUUGGGCACUGAGGGCCUGAGGGGCACUGGAUUGCCCACCAAUAUUUGGCCCCUGAGAGUGCAGGAUGCUGAAUUUACGAUUAUGCACAAAAGUUCAGGCCUUUUUACUCCAUGCUGGUUAAUGUGGAAUAGAGAGCCGUCGUAUGCUUUUGAGGGGAGGUGGGGUGUAAAUUCUGGCUGAAAUCUGUGGUGAUCCUACUUCCAAGAUAACUUGUUUAGGGUCGGGUCGGGCAAGCAUUUGGUGAAGAUCACAUAAAGCAUUUUCCCCAUUUAGACCUUGGGUUUUUGCAGUCCGAUUUGGGGUACGCCUCUGAAUACAAGUUGCUGGGAAUUACAAGUGUGGGGAGUGCUUUUGUGCUUAGGUCCUGUUGGGAGUUUCCUUCUGGGGGGGUGUCAGGAAGCCAGACUAGAUAUGCCUUUGGCCUGAUCCAUCUUCAAGACUCCUCUUAUGUUUAACCAAGAUCAUACAAGGGAGUUAGAAAGAUGCAUCUCUCUCUCACACACAGAAACCCUUGCAAGAUACGUCCCCACGCUGAUUUUUAAUGUGUGUUGCUGGUCCCUGAAAGUACAAACUGGACUUGGGCGUGAGUGUGGGGUACAGGACAAAGUGCUUGGGGUAUGAGUUUGAGAUUUAUUUUGUCCUAGUAGAAAACACUGCAUGAGGACUUGCUCAAUGUUCCAUGUUAGCUAACACAGCUUAUGAAGCUGUCAUCUGAAGAACGGGACCAAAAAAAAUUAAAAAUCCACCGUUUUGAUUCUUAAAUGCAAAGGGGAGGGAACCCCACCAGCCAACCCUACGUGGACACGGCUUCAGGAGGAAUGAGGAGCUGCCAGGAAUUAUGGUUGUAAAAAUAUUUUAGAUUUUCGGCUGGCGAAAUGUUUCCAGCUCUGUCGCAGCCACGCAGCAGAAAGCAAAAAGGUGGUUAAAUUGCAAUUCAGUCAUGCUGAAGGGAAGAUUUUCUUCCUGGCUGGUCACCUGGGGCAAUGAUCUGUUCAUACAUGUCUGAUUCGGGGAGGCAGGAGAGGAGACGCACUCAGCCAGAGGGCAGGGCAAAGCCCAGGAAAUGCCUCUGAUCCCCUGUUGGGUUGCAUCUUACCCAAAGCCAAAUUAUUUUGACACCUAAGGCUGAGAGUUAGAUAAUGGUGAACAACUGGACAAAAAAAAUUUUGCCUAACGGUAAGGCUGGGAGACCCAUCCCUGCCCCAUCUGAAAUCACGCUCCGCACGUAUGCCUUGGAAAGGUUUCAUGGGAGGGACAGUUGGGGGAGAGCAGCGUGGCAACGCCCAACUUUGGCAAAUGGAAGGGCUUUCCCCCCCUUUUCUUUCAAACUGACCUCCCUCCAGAGAGUGCAAAUGUCAGGCAGGCAUCAGGUGUCAGUCUCCUACAGUGCAGAAGAAAGAGGAAUUCAGGAAUGUGCUUUUCCUAAUUCCAUGGCAGUCUGCACAGUGAGACCUUUUUUCUCCGAAAUAUGAUAGCCGCUUCUGUCCGGUCUGUCAGGGAGGUCGCUGAUUAUUGCGGGCUGCCUUUUGCCUUGAGGCUCAGUGUUGCGUUGAACGGAGAGUAAAAUGGAUUGGCCUGAAAAUACAUUUUGGCUCGACUUUUUCAAGCAAAGUUGCUAUAACACAGCAAACUGCCUUAUAUCAAGUCAGACUGAGGGGCCCAUCUAGCUCAGUAUGUUUCCCAAAUUUGGGUCUCCAGCUGUUUUUGGACUACAAUUUCCAACAUCCCUGACCACUGGUCCUGCUAGCUAGGGACGAUGGGAGUUGUAGUCCAACAACAGCUGGAGACCCAAGUUUAGGAAACACUAGUCUGAACUAACUGCCAGUGUUUCAGGCAAUGGAUAUUCUCAUCUGCACCUGGAGGUGCUGACGACUGAACCUAGGACGUUUUGCAGGCAAGGCAGGGGCUCUGCCACUGAGCUGCAGUUGGCACUCUUUAAGGCAUAGGAAGCUCUCUCAUACUGAGUCAGGCUAUUGGUAUGUCUAGCUCAGUAUUCUCCACACAAGUGUUUCUCAAAGCUGGAGCUCCAGCUGUUGCUGGACUACAGCUCCCAAUAUACCUGGCUAGCAGGACCAGUCGUCAAGGAUGAUGGGAGUCGUAGUCCAAGAACACCUGACCCGACUCUACACUGAUUGGUUGCAGCCUUCCGGGGAGUUUUUAUUUAAGAGAUUCUGAAUACCAGUUGCUGGAAACUGCAGGUGGGGAGGUGCUCUUGUGCUCAGAUCCUGAUUGCAGGUUUCCAACAGACAUCCGAUCAGCCACUGUGAUAACAAGAUGCUGGAAUAAUAAUAAUAAUAACAAAAUUUAUUUAUAUCCCGCCCUCCCCAGCCAAAGCCAGGCUCAGAGCAGCCAACAACAAUAAAAGUAACACAGUUUACAUAAAAUCACAAUCAAUUACCAUAUUUUUAGCUCCAUAAGAUGCACCAGACCAUAAGACGCACCUAGUUUUUGGAGGAGGAAAACAAGAAAAAAAACAUUCUGAAUCUCAGAAGCCAGAACAGCAAGAGGGAUCGCUGCGCGGUGAAAGCAGCAAUCCCUCUUGCUGUUCUGGCUUCUGGGAUAGCUGCGCAGCCUGCAUUCGCUCCAUAAGACGCACACACAUUUCCCCUUACUUUUUAGGAGGGGAAAAGUGAGUCUUAUAGAGCAAAAAAUACGGUAAUUGAAAUGCAUUCUAAAAUCAAUUCAUUCUAAAAUUAAUUCAAAAUCAAAUUAAUGGCAACCAUUGAGCUAGAGUUCUGUGAGGAGUACCGAAGGAGGGGGUCAGACUGGCCUUCCACCAAAGGCCAGGAGGAACAGCUCUGUCUUGCAGGCCCUGCGGAAAGAUGUCAAGUCCCGCAGGGCCCUAGUCUCUUGUGACAGAGCAUUCCACCAGAUCGGGGCCACGGCUGAAAAAGCCCUGGCUCUGGUUGAGGCCAGCCUAACCUCCCUGUGGCCUGGGAUCUCCAAGAUGCUUUUAUUUGAAGACCGUAAGGUCCUCCGUGGGACAUACCAGGAAUAGAUGGGCCAUUGGCCUGAUCCAGCAGGCUGUUCUUAGGGUUGUUGCAGACAGGAGUCCUUCUCAGCCCUGCCUGGAGAUGCAGGGGAUUGAACCCGGGACCUUCUGCAUGCAAAGCAGGUGCUCUGCCGCUGAGCUACCGCCCUUUCCAAUAAAAAAAAUCAUAAUAUAUUUACUGCCUUCUCUGUCUUCCCCAGGAGAUCAAAUUCUGCAUGGCAAACGUGUUGGAGAAUGCAUUCAGGCAACGUCAGCAGAUUUUAGAAUGUUAGAUAUGCAUGCUCAUCUCCCAAAGCACAAUGCAGGAGCCUGUUCCUUACAUAUCCAGUGUCACUGAUCCUCCUGAUUGACACACCAGAUGUUGUUUGCUGCUACAUCUGGAUGCAUUUCCUGGACCUGCAGGAAGCAUUCACUGGACACUUGGGAACAAUAGCGUUCCUGACUAGAGCAUGUUUCUGCAUGGAAUGCUGGAAAGGCCUAGUAACCGGAUCAUCAGGGCAUUUGGGAACGUGGAAGAAAUCCGACAGCGGGGCUUAAAAAACUUUCUAGGGUCUUUACAGCUGUAGAGUUUCCUGGAUCCUUUCCCCCCCAGCUGCCUCUCAGCUUUGCCUUUGCAUCGUUUUGCUGGGCAACUGAUUUUGUGCAAGACUCUCGUUUCGGAGGGUCUCUUUUUGUACCCACCCACACUGGUGGUUGGCGCCCAUUGAAACUGAUGGGGCAGAAGGUGGGGAGCCCAACAGUAGGGGGCGCCAGAGCAACACUGAGACAAAGGAGAAAGACGCUGGCAGGCAGGGCUACCUUCUGGGCUGGCAGGAGGGUGGAGUAAGAUUGAGGGUGGUGUGGCAGUGCCCCAUUUGCCCUCAUGGGCCAUCCUCCAGUGUCCAUCUGCCACCUGCAAAUAUUUGCUUCUGUAAGGUGUCUGUUGGAAACCCCCAAGCAGGAUUUGAGCACAAGAGCAUUCUGCCCCCCUGAAGUUUCCAGCAACUGUGGAAGCAGAGCUAUAGCCACUGAGAAUCCUCUCCAUCAAUAGCUUUCUUCUCUGCUUAAUAAAACAUGGAACCAAAUGGAGAUUGCAGAAUUUUUGAUACUUUCCCCUCCUCCCACCUUCCCUUCUAAGUAGGCAUGAAAGGGGAUAUGGGGAGAGGAGAGUUGCAUUAUAUUUAGUCUGGAUGACAUCUGGAAGGCAGAACGUGACUGCCAGGGGCUGUAAGAGCAGGCCGCAGGAGUCAAAACACAACAGUAGCCUGCUCAGAUGCAGGGCCAAAGGCACUGGUCUGUUACGCUUGCAUAAUGGUCAGAAAAGGAGCCCUUGAACGGGAGAUUUGCCCAUGUGAAAUCAAAGGUAAACUUUCAUUCCCCUCCCCUUUAAUCCAAGUUGACAAGCAGGCCGUCUCAGAUGUGCAGAUAAGCUUUCCGCUCCUUGAUGCUUUGAGCGCUUCCUGUUUGGUUUGGUUCCUUUUCUCUAGCCUUCUUUGAAAGGCUUUGGUACAGCAGGCUUUGUUUCUGAAAGGUCCCUCCCCCCCAAAAAAAAAUCCACAACCAACUCUUCUUUUCAACUGCCCAAACAGUAGUAAGGGAGCUUUUCAGUGGAAGGGAGCCAAGAAUUGCACUGGCUCUCAGUUUCAGGGACUGCCUGAACCCUUAUAUCCUGACAUGAUCACUGAGACUGUCACUGGUCAUUCCCUGACUUGGUGAGGCUCAUUUGACACCAACAAGGAACCAAGCCUUUAGUGUAAUUGACUGCCACUAGAGAUUCUGUCUCAGCUCUUAAUAGUCUACUGAAUUCUUUACUUUGCUGGUAAGGUAAAAGGUAAAGGGACCCCUGACCAUUAGGUCCAGUCAUGGCCAACUCUGGGGUUGUGGCGCUCAUCUCGCUUUAUUGACCGAGGGAGCCGGCGUACAGCUUCCGGGUCAUGUGGCCAGCAUGACUAAGCCGCUUCUGGUGAACCAGAGCAGCGCAUGGAAACGCUGUUUACCUUCCCGCCCAAGCGGUACCUAUUUAUCUACUUGCACUUUGACGUGCUUUCGAACUGCUAGGUUGGCAGGAGCAGGGACCGAGCAACGGGAGCUCACCCCGUCGCAGGGAUUCGAACCGCUGACCUUCCGAUCGGCAAGUCCUAGGCUCUGUAGUUUAGGGCUCUUCUUAAUAUUCUUACCUUUGAUUGAGUAAAAGUAGGACCUUCUUGAUUGGGAGACGACUACCUAAAUUUUCCUUCUUCCUUCUCCAUCUAGAUAAUUUAUUGGUUCUUACUGUGGCCACCAAGGAGACGGAAGGAUUCAAACGGUUCAGAAGAUCAGCCCAGUUCUUCAACUACAAUGUCAAGGUGAUGCCAGGAGAUUCUGAGUAUAAGGACACAAGAAGGACACAAGAAGCGGGACAGGAAGUCAGACCCAUUGGUCCAUCUAGCUCCAUGUUUUGGGGGUUUUUUAUUGGUUUUCCAAAUUCCAAAUUUCUUACAAACAUAAACAACAAAAAAGAAAAAAACAUUACUCUAUGAAAAACAAACAAACAAACAUACAAACAUUUAUCCUAACUGUUCUAAUUUUUGUUACCAUUGUCAGAUGACUUCCUUGAAUCCCUCUAGCUGUAUUUCCAUAUAUCUCAUUGUAGCAGUUUUCCAAUACUAAUUUCCAAUCAAUUUACCUUAGUCAUCUAGCUCCAUGUUGCCUACACAGACUGGCAGCAGCUCUCUGGGGUUUCAGCAGGGGGCAUUCCUAUCUAAGGUUACCAGAUGCCCCCGUUUCCUGGGGACAGUCCCCGGAUUUACAAAUCAGUCCCCAUACAAAAUCCAUUAAAGUUGAAAAGUGUCGCCGGAUUCAUUGAAUAAAAUCUGGUAACCUUAUUCCUAGCCCAACCUAGAGAUGCUCUGGGUUCAACCUGGAACCUUUUGCUUGCGAAGCAAAGCUACUACUACUACUACUAGGUUGUGGCAUUUCCUUUAAGACAUAGGAAAGACCUCCAUGCAGCUUUCAUCUCACAUUCAAAGCCCAACUCAUUUCACAUUACACAAUAUGCCUUGUCAACAUACCGUGUUAAUGUUCCGUACAUGACCUGUGAUUUAAAGACACAGUUCCAAAUGUUUUGGUUUAAAGAUCCAUAGAAAACUUGGCAGCUGUCUUCCUGCCCAGCAGUAAGGGAAUGAAAUUGCUACCUUUGGACUCCCAGUACGUUUCCGAGCACAGUUCAAAGGGUUGGUGCUGACCUUUAAAGCCCUAAACGGCCUCGGUCCUGUAUACCUAAAGGAGCGUCUCUUCCCCCAUUGUUCGGCCCGGACACUGAGGUCCAGCGCCGAGGAUCUUCUGGCGGUUCCCUCAUUGCGAGAAGUGAGGUUACAGGGAACCAGACAGAGGGCCUUCUCAGUAGUGGCACCCGCCCUGUGAAACGCAGCUAUCCUAUCUUUAAAAGACAUCUGAAGGCAGCCCUGUUCAGGGAAGUUUUUAAUAUUUAAUGCAGUACUAUUUUUAACACUUGAUUGGGAGCUGCCCAGAGUGGCUGGGGAAACUCAGCCAGAUGGGCAGGGUAUAAAUAAUAAAUUAUUAUUAUUAUUAUUAUUAUUAUUAUUAUUAUUAAUUAUUAUUGUUAUUAUUAUUAUUAAAAAUGCACAGGUGCUAACCCUUUGAAGCAGAGAACCUGGGCAAAGAAAGGCUUCAUUGCAAAUCUGCUUUCACCCUCUAGGUCCUAGGAUUAGGAGAGGAGUGGCACGGAGGAGAGAAUAAAAGGACGACAGGAGGUGGACAGAAGAUCCGUCUCUUAAAGUCAACUUUGGAAGAAUAUGCGGAGAAGGAGGAUUUGAUCAUCCUCUUCACAGAGAGGUAAGGAGACCAUAAGCAGUGUGUUCUGUGCAGAUCGGGUGGUAAGAAAGGCAGGCAGGUGGAGGCUGGCUGAGGGCAGACAGGUUGGUGGGGGCAGCAUCCCAUUCUCCCGAACGCAGGUGUAGGAGAAACUUUCACGUUUCCGAGCACAAUUCAAAGUGUUGGUGCUGACCUUUAAAGCCCUAAACGGCCUCAGUCCAGUAUACCUGAAGGAGCAUCUCCACCCCUAUCAUUCAGCCCGGACACAGAGGUCCAGCGCCGAGGGCCUUCUGGCGGUUCCCUCGCUGCAAGAAGCCAAGUUACAGAGAACCAGGCAGAGGGCCUUCUCGGUCGUGGCACCCGCCCUGUGGAACGCCCUCCCACCAGAUGUCAAAGAGAAAAAUAACUACCAAACUUUUAGCAGACAUCUGAAGGCAGCCUUGUUUAGGAAAGCUUUUACUGUUUAAUAGGUUAUUGUAUUUUAGUGUUUUGUUGGAAGCCGCCCAGAGUGGCUGGGGAAACCCAGCCAGAUGGGCGGGGUAUAAAUAUUAAAAAAUUAUUAUUAUUAUUAUUAUUAUUAUUAUUAUUAUUAUUAAUGCUCCAGAUGUUGCUACGCUACAACUCCCAUCAUCCCUGGCCACUGGCUGUGUUUGCAGAGGCUCGUGGGAGUUGUAGUUCAGCAAAAUCCAGAGGGACCCACCUCAUAACUAAGCCUCCCUUGUCACAGGCCAGUAAGGAAAAAUAACUUCUAUACCUUUCCCAGCAGAAGCACCUCUUUGAAUUCUUCUUCCUGCUUUUUCCGAUACCAUCCUUUCCUCCCUGUUUCCUCCCCUGCAGCUAUGACGUCAUAUUUGCUUCAGGCCCGGCAGAACUCCUGAAGAAAUUCAGGCAAGCUAAGGCCAAAGUCGUCUUCUCAUCGGAGACCCUAAUUUACCCCGACCGAAGGCUGGAAGGAAAGUACCCCCAGGUCCAGGAAGGGAAGCGAUUCCUCGGAUCCGGAGGUAAGAGGAACUGGAGCUGCAGCGUGGAGCAUUGGAGGAGUAACCAGGAAUGAGAGAGCAGGCGGAACGGAUGAAAUUUAAAGACUAUUUAGUUAAAUAUGUUAAGAUAAUGUAAUUGGAAAAAACUUGCAAACACCAGAUUGGCUUAGGAUUUAAAUAUGUGAUGUUAGAGACUAAUAUGUUUAAAAUUAAAAUGAAAAGAAAGAAAGAUGUUAAGUGAUUAAGUUAAUUUUAUGAGAAAACUGGUUUUGGAAAACUGUUACAAUGAUAUACACUGAAAUUCAGCCAGGGGAAUUAGAGGAAGUCACUUAACAAUGUUACUAAGAUUGGAUUAAGUACAGUUAAGAUUUAUGUUUGUUUGUUUGUUGAAAAAUCAAUAAAAAAAUUUGGGGGAAAAAAGGAGUGAGAGAGCAGGAAUUGGGUUCAAGUUUCAGACUGAGUCCAAACCAAAGGCCAGGCGGAACAGCUCUGUCUUGCAGGCCCUGCGGAAAGAUGUCAAGUCCCACAGGGCCCUAGUCUCUUGUGACAGAGCGUUCCACCAAGUCGGGGCCAGUACUGAAAAGGCCCUGGCCCUAGUUGAGACCAAUCUAACCAACUUGCGACCUGGGACCUCCAAAAUGUUGUCAUUUGUGGACCUUAAGGAGAGGCGGUCCCUUAGGUACGUGGUCCCUUAGGUACGUGGGUCCUAGGCCGCAUAGGGCUUUAAAGGUCAAAACCAGCAUCUUAGACCUGACCCUGUACUCCACCGGGAGCCAGUGCAGUUGGUAAAGCACUGGAUGAAUGUGAUCCCGCGGCGAGGACGCGCUAGUAGACAUCAGUGUAGUAGACAUCGGUUUUGUAUUUGUCUAAUCUUCUUUUCAAGCCAUCCAAGUUCAUUGGCUCCUGCGGAAGUCAGUUCCAUAGUUUGGGUACUGGUGAGUCACCAUGUGAGCCAAUGGGUUUUGAGAGUUUCCUUCAUAAUAAUUCAGUUCCAUUCAAUACAUGUUAUUGUUUAUAGGCAACAAGCAUCACAAUACAGCAUAAGCACAAAUCACACAGCUACAGAACAAAAGACAUUGCAUGCACCAGAACAGGACAGAUCUACAGUGUCCAAAAUUUAGGAAUGUUCCUUCUAGUGCUUCAUAAUAAUGAGAUCUGGGAGCUUAUGCCUUUCUGGGUGCACAAUGAAAGUCUGCAAAGGAUACCGUCUUCUCCCUAAACUAAAUAAUCAUUACUUGAUCCUUGGUUGUGCAGCUACAACUGCAAAAUGGCUGAAGGGAUAUACAUUUCCUUCAAGCAACUAAUACAGAAAUAGAACAUUUCCAGUUAACACAGAACACCUUGUCUAAGCAGAACCAAAAGCAAGGUAAUUUCGGGCUGUGCUUCUACCCUGAGAAAGAUGUAGGCUUUUUUUAAAAAAAGCAACGAUUCUUAAUUACUUUAGGUAGUAGUCCCUUUUCCGACUUGAAAAAACAAAACACUUUUGCUUAAUGAUGAAGAGUUCUGCAUAGCACUGAGGUCUGCAUGGAACUGGCUCCUACAGGAGGCAGUGAUGUCUAGCAACCUAGUAAAGGUAAAGGGCCCCCUGACCAUUAAGUCUAGUUGUGGCCGACUCUGGGGUUGCGGUGUUCAUCUCGCUUUAUUGGCCAAGGGAGCCGGCGUACAGCUUCCGGGUCAUGUGGCCAGCAUGACUGAGCCGCUUCUGGCAAACCAGAGCAGCGCACGGAAACGCCGUUUACCUUCCCGCCGGAGUGGUACCUAUUGAUCUAUUUGCACUUUGACGUGCUUUCGAACUGCUAGGUUGGCAGGAGCAGGGACCGAGCAACGGGAGCUCACCCCAUCGUGGGGAUUCGAACCGCCGACCUUCUGAUCGGCAAGUCCUAGGCUCUGUGGUUUAACCCACAGCACCACCUGCGUCCCAAUGUCUAGCAACCUAGAUGGCUUUAAAAGAGGAUUGGACAAAUUCAUGGAUGAGUAGAGAACUAUUGAUGGCUACUAACCACAAUGGCUAUGCUCUGCCUUCACAAUCAGAGGCAGCAAUGCUUCCAAACACCAUGAGAAGCCACAGGGGAGAGGGCUCUUGUGCUCAGGUCCUCCUUGAGGGCUUCCCAGAGGCAUCUAGCUGGCCACUGUGAGAACCAGAGGCUGGCCUAGACGGGCCAUUGGCCUGAUCCAGCUGAAGGCACUUCUUAUGUUCUUAUGCACACUUCUCUUGCAGAUCAACAUGAACUUACCGUAUUUUUCGCUCCAUAAGACACACUUUUUUCCUCCUAAAAAGUAAGGGGAAAUGUUAGUGCGUCUUAUGGAGUGAAUGGCACUGCGCAGAGAGGGAGAGCUGCGCAGCGCCCCUUCAGCAAAGCGGGAGGAGGAACGGAGCCCCUUCUUUGCAGCGCCUCUCCUGCGAAGCUAGAGGAGGAACAGAAGGGGCUUCUUCUGUUUCUCCUCCAGCUUGACUGAAGGGGCGCUGUGCAGCUCUCCCUCUCUGCGCAGCGCCCCUUCAGCGAAGCACCUCUCCUGUCUUCUGCCUUCCCAGAAGCCAGAUCCCUCUUGCUGUUCUGGCUUCUGCCUUAGCCCCUUCCGGGCAGGGGGAGCCUUCAUCCCGCUGCCCGGGAGAGGCUGCGCGUGGCUAUCCCAGAAGCCAGAUCCCUCUUGCUGUUCUGGCUUCUGGGAUUCAGAAUAUUUUUUUUCUUGUUUUACUCCUCCAAAAACUAGGUGCGCCUUAUGGUCUGGUGUGUCUUAUGGAGCGGAAAAAUAUGGUAUUUCUUAUUCUUUAGAAACCAGAGUUGUUGACACUUUCAUUUAGGUAUUUAAUGUGGCCUGGAGUGUUUCUUGACCUUGAAGGCAAAAAAAGGAAAGUUAAUUCUCUCUCCGUCUCUCUCUCUCUCUUCCUGACAGGGUUCAUAGGCUACGCUUCACACCUCUACAAGCUUGUAUCAGAUUGGGAGGGUCUUGACAGUGAUAGUGACCAGCUGUUUUAUACGAAAGUCUUCUUGGAUCCAGAAAAACGGGUAAAUUCAGGGUGCAGAGAAGCUGCGUGCAUGUGUUCCAUGCGAGUUUUUUAAAUGUAGUUACUUUCCCCCCUUUUUAAUAAAAAUGAAUAUUUUAUUUACAAUCAAUCUAAUACACAUAAAACAUAAAAGAAGCCAUUGGGUGCUCAAACAACCCCUAAAUUAUCUAUACGUAAUGAAAUAAAGCUACUUGUUUGGGAACCUGUGGCCCAUGAGCCAAACCUGGCCACCAGGAUGCUCGUCAUUCGGCCCACAAGGAUGUCAGGUGUGGGGUGGAUAAGGCUUCUAAGGAACAGGAGGGAGCUGAAAGUUGUUCCUUUGCUGGAGUUCUUUGCAAAUUUAAAAAUCCACCACCCACAAGCGGACAGUAUUGAAAUGACUUGGUGGUCCACAAUUUGUACCUGUCUGGUGUAAACAGACGUUUUGCUCUACCUUUAGAGAGAAGAGCCAGACUUCAUGGCUUUUCAAAACCCCUUUUCCAGCUCUUAUGAUAAUGUGAUUUCUAUUUUAUUUGUCUCCCCCAUAGACGAACAUCAAUAUCACUUUGGAUCACAGGUGUCGGAUAUUUCAAAAUCUGAAUGGAGCCCUAGGUGAGCAUCUGGGAAAGGAGAUGGAGAAGUGUCUUGUGUUUCUACAAUCUCAGUUCCGGGUUUGUGAGGAGUCAGGUUUUCAACAUUGAAACUCCCUACCUGUUGACAUGAGGCAAAUGCCAUCUUCUCAACCCCUGCUGAAAACCUGUCUGUUUCGGGAAACCUCUCCAGAUGCAUGUUCUGUUUUAAAUGUUUUGUUGUAUCUAAUUGUUUUCAGCUCUUUUAAAAUAUGUUUUUAUUUUAUUUUUAAAUGUGUUUUUUUUUACAAUUAAAAAAAGUGUUUGCUGCCCCGGGCACCUUCAGGAGGAAGGACGCUAUAUAAAUGGUAAUAAAUGGACGCUUUGAAAUGAGUGGGCACGACUUACUUAGUUCCAUUAUUUUCAGUGGGGCUGCUCUGUAACCAGAGGUACCACUGUACACAGAAAAGCAUGGUAGUUCAUUGUUUCCUUCUGUUCUCUCCCUCUUUUUUUUUAAGAUGAGGUGGUCCUGAAGUUUGAGAACGGGCGCGUGAGAGCACGGAACCUCGCAUAUGACACCCUCGCAGUUGUCAUUCAUGGCAACGGUCCCACCAAGGUAAGGCCAGUCAGAAUGUUCCAGAGCCAUAGGGACCUAAGCAGAGCCGGGCUGCUGGAUCAGGUCAGUGGCCCAUCUAGUCUCACAGUGGCUGACCUGUGGGAAACCCUGAAGCAGGAUCUGACCACAAUCUCCUGUGUUUUCUGGCAAUUGGCAUUCAGAAGCAUCUGACGGUGGAAACAGAGCCAUCGUGGCUCGGAGCCAUCAAUAGCCCUAUCCUCCUCUGUGAAUUUGCCUGAUCCUCUUUUCAAGCCAUCCAGGUGUGUGGCUAUCACUGCCUCCUGUGGCAGUGAGUUUCACAGUUUAACCCUGCACUGCAGGAAGAAGGGCUUAUUUUCGUCUGUCCUGCCACUAGAGAGGGAGAAAAAACUUUUUCUCUCCAUGCCAUGCAUAAUUCUGUAAACUUCUCCCAUCUCGCCUCUCGCUCCCCUUUUCUCUAAAGUGUCCCAAGGAGGGGAGAGCGCUUCUUGAACUCGGGCCCCGCUUGCAGACUUCUAUUUUUGAGCACCUGGGCAGCCACUUUGAGAACAAGAUGGGCCUUUGGAACGAUCCAGUUUCAUGUUCUUAGACUAGAAGGAAAGAUGUCCUCGCUUGCAGACUUAACAGGGCAAAGCGAGUGUUUCCGUCCCAGCUUUGCCACUAAGGAUCCAGGAAUCUUUCUCUCUCCUCAAAAGCUGCAGCUGAACUACCUGGGGAACUACAUCCCUCGGACCUGGACCUUUGAGACGGGCUGCACAGUUUGCAACGAAAGCUUGAAGAGCCUCGCAGACCUGAAAGUAAGGACCAGCCGGCUUGUUGGGGUGGCUGGGAUAUCUGUGGGCCCUGAUUCGGACUCCAACUCCCAUUAUGCCUUGUUCAUCAGCUGUGCUGGCUGGUGGGAGUUGGACAACAACCAGAGAGUCACACACAUUCUCCACUCGCUGAGCUAGACCGUCACUUGCCAUAGCUGCACCUAGCUACCUCUGCUAAAACUCCCACCAUCCCCAUUCCCAGCCAUUGCCCAUUCUGGUUGGGGCUGGUGCAAGCUGGAGUCCCCGCAGGAAAUUGUAGGCUAUAGGUUCUCCUUCCUAGGAUGAGGCCAUCACUUGCCGUCACUGCCCGCUAGCUAUCCCCUUCGCGGCGCUUGCCUUCUUGUGAUGGAAGGAUGGGAAAGCUGUGGUCCUCUCAAUUUUGCUGGGCAACAAUUCCCAUCGUCCCUGACCGGUGGCCCUGCUGGCUUGGGCUGAUAGGACCUGGUGGCGUCCCCAUGACACCUGGUUCCUGGUCUGUUGCCUUCAUGCUGUGCUGGUGAGUUUCCUAGAAGUACAGUGGUACCUUGGGUUACAUACACUUCAGGUUACAUAUGCUUCAGGUUACAGACUCCGCUAACCCAGAAAUAGUACCUCAGGUUAAGAACUUUGCUUCAGGAUGAGAACAGAAAUCAUGCUCUGGCGGUGCGGCAGCAGCAGGAGGCCCCAUUAGCUAAAGUGGUGCUUCAGGUUAAGAACAGUUUCAGGUUAAGAACGGACCUCCGGAACGAAUUAAGUACUUAACCCGAGGUACCACUGUACCUAGUUGGCCAAUGUUAGAAAUAGGAUUCUGGAACCUGGGUGGGGAAUCUCACCUCCAGGGGCCUCAGGUGGAUCACCGGACCUCUCUCUUAUUUUUAAUUUAUUUAUUUUGAUACUUACAAGCCACACUCUCAUAACCAGUAUUGCAAAGUAGUAUACAGACUAAAAGCACAGUAUUACAAUCAGAAACAUCUGGCUGCACACCAUAUUUCCAGGCCACACACCCCUCCUCUCCUUCACACCCCCAUUGAGUUAUUUUGCUUUGCUUGAAAUGCAUCCUUUCCUACUUUAAAGGGACCCCUGACCAUUAGGUCCAGUCGUGGCCGACUCUGGGCUUGCUGCGCUCAUCUCGCUUUAUUGGCCGAGGGAGCCGGCGUACAGCUUCCGGGUCAUGUGGCCAGCAUGACUAAGCCCUUCUGGCGAACCAGAGCAACGCACGGAAACGCUGUUUACCUUCCCGCUGGAGCGGUACCUAUGUAUCUACUUGCACUUUGACGUGCUUUCAAACUGCUAGGUUGGCAGGAGCAGGGACCGAGCAACGGGAGCUCACCCCGCCGCGGGGAUUCGAACCGCCGACCUUCUGAUCAGCAAGCCUUAGGCUCUGUGGUUUAACCCACAGCGCCACCCACGUUUCCAUUUCCUACUUUAAGUGGCUUAAAAUGCAGCAAGGUUGCUUUACCCCUGUGCAUUUCUUCCUUUUCUCCCCAUAAGAUUUUAUUGAAGCUCUUUCAUAAUACAAGAAGAGAAAGGAAACUAGCUUUGCUGUCCAGCUGCUAUUUAGAUCAAACUGGAUGGCUCAGUUGGCAGCACAUGAGGCUCUUCAUCUCAGGGCUGUGGGUUUGAGCCCCACAUUGGGUAAAAAAAAUGCCUGGAUUGUGGGGGGUUGGAAGAGAUAACCCUAGUAGUCCGUUCCAACUCUAUAGCUCUAUGAUUCCAUGGUUCUAAACAAAAACGAAAAGAGAAAAGAAAAUGCAGGGUCCAAUCUCAAAGGGAGUUCUCACACAGAAAGAGGUGGACCCUCCCAGCUCUCACCUGGGAGCUUUCCUUUCUUCCCCCACCCUGGGAGAUCUUCCCUUCCUUGCCUGCCUCUUACUUAGGGUCCUUCACAAGCCAUCCAUCACCUUCACGUGUGUGUAAUCUUUGGACCCCAGUAAUGGCCCAGCGCAGAGAACAUGCAUCCUCGAACCCUGAUCUUGCUUGUCUGGACAGAGGACAGAGCGGUUUGUGUGUAGAAACUAACCCACUGUAGAGAGGUGAAAUUCACACUCGUCGCUCCGCCCACUUUUGCCUCUGGCCCUGCCCACCGCUGGUAUCUGGCCCCCAAAAUAUUGCCCAGAAGAGAGUGUGGCCCUCAGGCUGAAAGAGACUCCCUAUUGUUGAAGCAGACCUUCAACCUGAUCCAGCAUAUGUUGACAUUCUUAUCUGAAAACAUAGGUUGCCCAUCACGGCUGGCUGUCUUGGUCUUUCUCGCCUUAUUUAUGUAUUCUUGUCUUUUCGCCCCUCGUACCUGAACGCAGGAGGAUGUGCUGCCUGUGGUCCUGAUUGGCAUCUUUGUCGAGCAGCCCACCCCAUUCCUCACCCCGUUCUUCCAGCGCCUGCAGAAGCUGCGCUACCCCAAGAAACGGAUCCAGCUUUUCAUCCACAAUCGGGUGAGCGCCUUCGUCCCAUCCUUAGGGAGGGCCGUUCGCCUCCAGAAGCCUUUGCUCCUUUAAGCUCACAGAGGGUGAGCAUGGCUGUUUUGACCAGACCAGCCACAGCUCUGGUAUAAGGCGUUCUGCUUUGUGUUCUUGUGUCCAGGAGGAGCAUCACCUCGACCAGGUAGAGGCGUUUGUGAACGAACACGGGCAAGAAUACCGCUCUGUCAAAGUGGUUGGACCAGAUGACCAUGUGGAGAAUGCUGAUGGCCGGAACAUGGGCAUGUAAGCCUAUUAUUAUUAUUUUAUUAUUAUUAUUAUUAUUAUUAUUAUUAUUAAGCUCAAGGUGGCACACAUUGUUCUCCUGGCCCCCUCUUUCUGUCCCCACAACAACCCUGUGAGGUAGGCAAGGCUGAGAGUGGUCGCCCAGUAAGCUUCAUGUCCGAGUAGGGAUUUGAACCUGGGCCUCCCAGGUCCUAGCCCAAUACUCUUAAUAAUUAUACCACACUAUCUCUCCUGGUAGGGACGCGGGUGGCACUGUGGGUUAAACCACAGAGCCUAGGACUUGCCGAUCAGAAGGUCGGUGGUGUUGGAAGCUCCGCUCAGGCCAAACUGAUAAAGCUCAUUUUCUUCCCCCAAGUCUUCGGAAUCGCCUCCCGACGUGUUUAAUAACCUGAGCCUUUGAUAAGGCCUCAGGCCCAUUCUUCAUCCAGCAGAGUUCCCAGCACAGGGAAUAGACGAGAGGUUUGGGCUACAUUGUUAUGCUUUAUUUCUUACUACGCAGGCAGCUAAGAAAUAUACAUCCUCUCUCUAUGAAAGCAGAGAGCAACCGAACAAAGGAACAAAGGAAACAGGAAACCAGUAACGUCACAUCCGUCUCUAAUCUCCCGUGAGACUUCCAAUAGCCUGGACUGUCUCUGGAAUGUAAACAGAGUCUUGUGACUCCCAGCAGCUGCUCAAUGGCAAAACAGAAACUAACAUCUGGUUCAAAUCCCUGUGACGGGGUGAGCUCCCAUUGCUCGGUCCCUGCUCCUGCCAACCUAGCAGUUCGAAAGCACGCCAAAGUGCAAGUAGAUAAAUAGGUACCGCUCAAGCGGGAAGGUAAAUGGCAUUUCUGUGCACUGCUCUGGUUGGCCAGAAGUGGCGUAGUCCUGCUGGCCACAUGACCCAGAAGUUGUACGCCGGCUCCCUCGGCCAGUAAAGCGAGAUGAGCGCUGCAACCCCAGAGUCGGCCACAACUGGACCUAAUGGUCAGGGGUCCCUUUACCUUUUUAUCUCUCCUGAUGCUGUAACACUUCUGACCUUUUGUUUGCUGUUGAGAGAUGGCCAAGGUAUAGGCAGUGAUUCUUGAUAUUAUCUGCCCUUUAAAACCUCUUGAGCCAGCCACGGACCGACUGGCUGACUGACUGAUCUGCCUCCUUAUUGCCUCUUUAGGGACCUGUGCAGGCAAGACCCAGUCUGUGAAUAUUACUUCAGCAUGGAUGCCGAAGUGGUGCUGAAGAACCCUGAUGCCCUGCGGAUCUUGAUCGAACAGAACAAGUGAGUCGCUUAGCUCAGCUUCCUGUUCUGUGGGUGCCUUAGGCAAGUUCAGGGAGAAGGCGUGGUCCUUCCGCGUUCCACAUCUGGAUGCAGCUGCCAGACUGAAACAAACCUCUCUUGAUGCAACAGAGCCUGUCUCCGUUUGGAUUGGAUUGUUAAUUUUAGACGUGAUUCCUGCAUUGCAAGAGUUGGACUUGAGGUCUCAGCUAUACAGUUCUAUUAUUCAAGGUGCCUCCCCCUCUACUCCACCAUUUUGUGUGAGUUUGGGGGUGGGGGAAAGAGAUACGGACUCCAGUUUCUCGAGCAACUCUGCUUUCGUAUUCAAAUCUUUAAAAGAUGCAAGUUUCUAGCCCCUAUGGAAAAGGAAAUGUGCUUGAAACUGCUUGACUGGCUAUCAAAACCCAGAGGAGUUUCUGAGUAAGGUUUUCCAGAGUUGGAAGUUCAUUGUCCUGCAUAGCUCCUUUCGCUUAGUAAAUGCCACAAUCUUGGAGAAGUUAUGCGAAUGUACUUGGCUUUAUUUUAUGCAGGUUCUGAAGUUAAUCUUUGUCCAAAUAGACCUGGGGAUAUCUUGCCUUUCAUCCCACUGCUUCCCACCUCUGUACAAGCAGAAGUACCGUAUUUUUCGCUCUAUAGGGCUCACCGGACCAUAGCGAGCACCUAUUUUUUUUGGGGGGGGGGAAUAAAGAAAAAAAAUUAUUUCCCCCCCCCCAGCCCCAAAGAGCAAAGAAGCCAUGACAGUGAGCGGGAUGGAUCCCGCUAGCUGUCUUGGCUUCAUUUUUAGCCUCGGGGCUGGGGGUCCAGGAGCGACAGGUUGCGCUCAACCUCGCAAUCGCUCCCGGAGCUUGCCGGGCUGGGGUCGGGGGGAAGCCCGGGCUUCCCCCCGACCCCAGCCCGGGCUUCCCCCCGACCCCAGCCUCAAGAACGGGUCCGGGAGCGAAGGCGAGGUUGCGUUCAACCUCGCCAUCGCUCCCGGAGCCUGCUGCUAUCCGAAGCCCGGGGAGCAUGGCGCUGUAGCCCGCUGCGUACCCCGGGCCUAGGGCAGCUAUCCGCAAGCCUGCAGCGCUCGGCGGGAAUUCCCGCCGGCUCCGCAGGCUUGCGGAUUGCUUCCUGAAGCCCGGUGAAAGCUCAGUGAAAGCCUGCAUUCACUCCAUAGGAUGCACAUACUUUCCCCCUUCAUUUUUGGAGGGGAAAAAGUGCGUCCUAUAGAGCGAAAAAUACGGUACUUACCCAAGUUUUGGGUUCAUAUGCACACUAAUAUCCAAUUCUUUUCUGUGCCUUCCUUAACCCCCACCUCCCAGAUUUGUGAUUGCCCCACUUGUGAGUCGUCUUGGGAAGCUGUGGUCAAAUUUCUGGGGGGCCCUCAGUGCCGACGGUUACUACGCCCGCUCAGAGGACUAUGUGGAUAUCGUCCAGGGACGCCGGAUGUGAGUACCAUGAAGGAUUUCAACAAAGCUUUGGCCGCUUCUCCAUGUCACACUAAACCAUAGUUUAGCACAAAGUGUUAUAGAAAAAACAGGGGGUUUGGCUUUUGCUGCCCAACUCCCCAAGGGACUGAGUCCCCUAACUCCAUGAUCGGUCAGAGAUGAAUGGAUGGAGGCAAGAUCCGCAGAAAGCAAGACAGAUCUUUAUUUUUCUGUUGCAACAGAGUUCCCUCCCCUCGUUGCAAGGAGGUAGGAGAGACCCAGAGCAAUGGUGUGCAAGCCCCUAUAAAGACUAGAAAUUGCCCACCCUGUAGCCCAAGACCACCCCCCAAAACAUCAUACAUACAUCACAGAAGGAGGCGGUCUACAGCAGAAAUUUGAGUGUUGCUUCUCUCCUGUCUGCCAAAAUACCUGAGAAUGCCUUACUUGACUGCAUUUUCUGGGUAGCCUGGCCAUUCCUUUGAGAUGGUAAAUCUCAAAUAAAAAUAAAAUAAAAACGUAGUUCCUGAAUCUCUUAUGCAUAUUGAGUUUGCUCAGCUUAACAGAUACUUGCCAGACUGUAAUUGCAGGGAGGUGUAAGUCCCUACAGUCCAAAGCCUAUAGGAAAAUGUUUCCCAUUUCCUUCCUCCUUGCAGAGAAAUAUUUGAGAUCAAUUUGAGAGAGUCAAAAUGGCUUCAGGAUUGCUCUCCUGUUCUAUUUCAGACACAUGGUUUACAUACUUAUGUAUGUGUUUUCCUUGUACAAAUAUGAACAUUUAUUCUAUAUUUGAGACCUUAGAAUUCUUAUAACAAUAGUCCAUCAGUAGGAUCGAGCUACAGGCUCACAACCUUUUCUCUCCGGAGCUUCUGCCUCUGGUUUUGCUUAAUCACAGUUUGUUGUGUCAUCUGGACCAAGCAAACCGUGGUUAGCAUGAACUUGAACCGUGACUAGUUUCAAACAAGCCAACAUCAUGGAUUGAGUGAUUCCCUAUGAAGAAAGAUUGCAACGUUUUGGAUUUUAUAGUUUAGAGAAAAGGCGAGGGAGAGGUGACAUGACAGAGGGGUUUAAAAUUUUGCAUAGCACGGAGUAAGUUUUCCUCCCUCUCUCAGAACAUGAGAACUUGUGGACAUCCAAGGUAGCUGAAUGUUGUAAGAUUCAGGGUGGAUAAAAGAAAAUGCUUUUUCAUGCAGCACAUCAUUAAACUAUGGAACAUGCUCACAUAAUGACCACUAGCUUUAAAAGAAGACAAAUUCAUGGAGAAGAGGACUAUUGAGGGCUACCAGCCAGGAUGGCUGUUUUCUGUCUCCACAGCUGGAAGCAGCAAUGCUGCCUCUUUGGCUGAUUUUUUAACCCGCUUUUUAAUUGAUGGAACAAUUUUAAAAAUCAGAAUAUACCGUAUUUUUUGUGUGUAUAAGACUCCCCCAUGUAUAAGAUGACCCCAAUUUUUUAAAACCCAAAAUUAAGAAAUUAAGUUGUUUAGCUUUUAUGGGGGGGGGGUGAGGGAGGUCACUUCUGCCAAUUGCUCACCCGCCUGCCUGCCACUACUGAUUGCCAAUUGUACACCUUGCCGCAGCUGCCAAUUGUCUGCCCGCUUGCCGCCACCACCAGCCCACCCGCCCACUUCCUGCAGCCACCAAUCACCUGCCCACCUCGCCACAGCCACCAGUUGCCAUAGCCACAGCCAAUCGUCAGCAGGCCUUGCCGCAGCCACCAAUCACCCGCCCAAUUGUCGCUGCCAAUCUCCAGCUUGCUGCUGCCAUUAAUCGCACGUCCCCCCUCUGCAUUCACUAUCCGCAACUCCCAAUUUUUGCCUCUUUAUUUAUUUAUUUAUUUUAGCAAAAAGCAUCGUCUUAUACAUGGAAAAAUACAGUAGCUGAUGAAACUAAUAAUAAUAAUAAUGGCAGCCUUAAUAACUGUAUAUGGUAAAAGGCCUUGGGGUGGUUAAUGCCCCUUCAUGCCUAAUUUUCUCUCCCCGCCCCCCUUUUUCAGUGGCCUCUGGAACGUCCCAUACAUCUCUAGCGUCUACCUGAUAAAAGGCAGCAUCCUGAGAUCGCAGCUUACUCAGACCGACUUUUUCCACAGCGGCAAGCUAGAUGCAGACAUGGCUUUCUGCCACAACAUCCGGGAACAGGUCGGUGUGGCAAGAACAGAAGAGUCGUGGUGCAGGGUUAUAAUAAUAAUAAUAAUUUAUUAUUUAUACCCUGCCCAUCUGGCUGAGUUUCCCCAGCCACUCUGGGCGGCUUCCAAUCAAGUGUUAAAAACAACACAGCAUUAAACAUUAAAAACUUCCCUAAACAGGGCUGCCUUCAGAUGUCUUUUAAUAGCUGCUUAUUUCCUUCACAUCUGAAGGGAGGGCGUUCCACAGGGCGGGUGCCACUACCGAGAAGGCCCUCUGUCUGGUUCCCUGUAACCUCACUUCUCACAAUGAGAGAACUGCCAGAAGGCCCUCGGCACUGGAUAUCAGUGUCUGGGCUGAAUGAUGGGGGUGGAGAUGCUCCUUCAGGUAUACAGGACCGAGGCCGUUGGGGUGUGUGUGCAAAUUGCUGUUGUUAUCUCUGCAGCAGGGUACUUGCUUUCCGCAUCCUAGAGCCACUGAAUCAGCAUCAAAUCUCCUCGCCCUUUGGUGUUGAUUGGAGCUAGAGGGAAAGCAAGGAAGUGAGGAUCAGCUCCUGGGGUCACUCUGGAGAAGAGCACCAAGGAGUUGGAGCUGUCCUGUAUGCUUCUGUUUCAAGAGAAAAGUGUGCAAGUUCUGCAAAUGGAACUUUGCAGAAAAAGCAACUUAAGUCUCUCCAAAAGAAGAUAUUGGAGCACCAAUAAUUUACCCCUGCAUUGGAGGGGGUUGAAAUAGAUGACCCUUGGGGUCCCUUCCAAAUCUGCAAUGCUAAGGUUCUGUGUACGUGCACAGAAAAUAGUAGAUCUAGCUGACAGGCAAUGCAUUGUGAUCUGCACUGAUCGUUGCAAUGCUUCUCUAAUUAUUGGAUAUUCUUAAGGUAAAGGGACCCCUGACCAUUAGGUCCAGUCGUGGCCGACUCUGGGGUUGCGGCGCUCAUCUCGCUUUACUGGCCGAGGGAGCCGGCGUGCAGCCUCCCGGUCAUGUGGCCAGCAUGACUAAGCCGCUUCUGGCUAACCAGAGCAGCGCAUGGAAACACCGUUUACCUUCCCGCCAGAGCGGUACCUAUUUAUCUACUUGCACUUUGACAUGCUUUCGAACUGCUAGGUUGGCAGGAGCAGGGACCGAGCAACGGGAGCUCACCCCGUCGCGGGGAUUCGAACUGCUGACCUUCUGAUCGGAAAGUCCUAGGCUCUGUGGUUUAACCCACAGUGCCACCCGCAUCCCUUGGAUAUUCUUAGAAGGUUGCAUCAUCUUAGAAGGGGGCAUAGCUGUGGCUAUCAUGAAGCAACCCUGCACUUCUGAAUUUGCCACUACACUCCUGGGCAAGCAGCUGUGUUGUUCUGGAAUAGUGGGGAGGAAAACCACAGACUAGGCCAGCUGGGAAAUGAAAUCACAGGGUUAAUUGGCUUCACGGGAUCCUAGUUUUCAAUUGUGAGCAACGGUUCUCCUCUUUUGCAGGGGAUCUUCCUCUUUGUGACCAAUCAGCAACAGUUUGGCCAUAUCCUCUCGCUGGAGACUUAUCAGACAAGCCACCUGCACAACGAUCUCUGGCAGAUCUUCAGCAACCCGGAGGUGAGGUGUCUCUUGCGGAAUAACCCAGCGAGCAGUACCUUUCGCAAAACUUAGGAGCUAGCGGCAUUUCUCUAGGAACCAGUUUGAAGGGAGAAAUGUGUAAGCAGAGCAAGAGGAGAGGUCCUGCGCUCGUUCUGCUGCUGUGUGUUCAGCAGUGAUGUGGGUUUUCCGUACAGUUUUAAAUAAUGCCGGUGGGGGUUUGAAUAAUCCCAGCUGCAGGGAUGGGAAUCACAAGUGAGGAGAGUGCUUUUGCGCUCAGGUCUUGCUGGUGAGCUUCCCAUUGAUGCAUCUGGUUGGCCACUGAGAACAGGAAGCUGGACUAGAUGGGCCAUUGGCCUGAUCCUGCAGCCAGGCUCCCCUUAUGAAUGGGAGCUUCCAAUUUUAAUUCAGCUCCAAACAUUUGGCAGACAUGGGGCAUGCGAUUCCCCCAGGGCCAACCGUUAUGUUUAUGACAGUGCUUUAUUUUGAACCCCAGCCCAAGCUUUUAAAAUUAGGCUGGAUCUUUCUCAGACAUGAGCCCCUGGGUAAGGUAAAGGUAAAGGGACCCCUGACCAUUAGUCAGUCAUGACUGACUCUGGGGUUGCGGUGCUCAUCUCGCUUUAUUGGCCGAGGGAGCCAGCGUACAGCUUCCAGGUCAUGUGGCCAGCAUGACUAAGCCGCUUCUGGGGAACCAGAGCAGCGCGCGGAAAUGCCGUUUACCUUCCCGCUGGAGCGGUACCUAUUUAUCUCCUUGCACUUUGACGUGCUUUCGAACUGCUAGGUUGGCAGGAACAGGGACUGAGCAAUGGGAGCUCACCCCGUUGCGGGGAUUCGAACCGCCGACCUUCUGAUCGGCAAGUCCUAGGCUCAGUGGUUUAACCCACAGCGCCACCCUGAGGUCCUGGGUACCUGUCUCCAAAUGUGUGUCUCAAUAAAAUUGACAAUCAUAAGCCAUACAUUCAGACAUAGACAGAAGGACAUGAUAUCUUCAAUCCAUUGGGUAAUACAUGGCGGACGCUUGUCGUUCCAGCCUUAAGUCUCUAAUAGCCACCGUAACGGCUUACACAAAACCAUUUCUCCUGCCACUCAUUAGUCCCCACACCACAAGGAUAUGAUUUAAGAAUGUGUCACCUUCCUCACCCACCCAGCCACCCAAUGUUCAUUUGUUCUUAUUUUCUCCUGACACAGGACUGGAAGGAGAAAUACAUUCACGAAAACUACACCGCAGCCUUGAAAGGGAAACUGGUAGAAACGGUAAAUAGCCCUUGACUCUUUUGAAACGGGACUGCUGAACUGGGGUGCAGAGGACAAAAGAGCAGCAUAGGCAAACUGAAGGAGGUGCCUGCUGCUAGGGCCCCACGUUCGGGUGCGCAUGGCCUUUUCGGUGGUGGCUUCCCUGGAGACAUUCAUUUGGCUUCGUAGCUGGAGGCACUAAUGCUUCUGAAUGGCAGUUGCUGGAAACCACAGGAGGAGAGAGGGAUCUUGGGUUCAGAUCUUGCUUGUGGGCUCCCUUCUGGGGCACCUGGUUGGCUGUUGUUCUGAUCCAGCAGGCCCUUUUUAUGUUCUAUGUUUUGCUUUCACCCGGUUCUAAUAUGUGGUUACUUUUAAUUUUUUUAAAAAAAAAUCCUGUUUAGCACCACUUUGUGUUUAUGGGAAUUUAUUUUAUAUUGCUUGUGUCUCAAGAGCAUAUUUCUUAUCUUUGUAAGCUGCCUUGUGGAUUUUUUAAAAGGUGGGUUAUAAAUCCUUCAACAUAAGUACCUGAAUUCACGGUGUUUUAUUUCGCGAUCUAUUUCUGAGACGUUUUGUUGCCUGCCAUUUAUUGGUUUAUUUACGAAGCUUAAAAGAAAACGCUUUUCAACGAGGUAUUCCUAAUCCGAUACGCAGCAUACGAUUAAGAGAAGAUAAUCAAAACAACGUAUGAAAAUAGAAAUCAAAAUGUCUUUGAAAAAGAGAGAGUUACCACACUUCCUCUCCUGCUGCUUUCCCCCAGGGAAAACCACUCUUUAGCGCUCAAUUGGAGCAAACAGCAAUUCAGAUUUCCCCCGGAUUGUCUUUUGUUCCAAUUGAUCACUAAAGAGCAGGUUUUGCCUUGGAAAGCAGCGGGGCAAGGGGACUCAUGCUUUCUAGGCACGGGACAAGCUGAAGUGUGGAUGAGCCAAAAUGAUGGAAGAAAUUUAUCUUAGUCAGGCGAUGGAUGAGUGACAGAAAAGGACGAUGAAUGGAACUCUCCGAGGAAAAGCACCCCUGAGGGCAAUCACAUAGUAGCAGUGCCUCUUCUGUGAUUGCCCUGGAACUUUGGAACUCCCUUCCUCAAGAGAUUCACUCAUCUUCCUCUGCCCUCAUUUGCUCUGCCCAGCACUGAUUGGCUAGUGACUGUGACAUACACAACAAAAAAGCAACGUUUGCAAUGGAGAUUCAUUAUAGGUUCUCAAACCUUUGUGUGGGGUCAGGAGUGGGGUGGGUUGUUUUCACACAGGAGGUGAUGUUUCCUGAAAUAUCCAGAACCCUGACGUUUUGGUCUUUAUUUCCAUUUUGCUGGUUUCCUUUGCCCUUCCUGUCAUACUCCCUAAGCUCUUACGGUUCUUCUGUCUUGCUAGCCCUGCCCAGAUGUUUACUGGUUUCCGAUAUUUACCGACGCAGCGUGCGAUGAACUCGUAGAAGAGAUGGAGAAUUUUGGCCAGUGGUCCAAGGGAGGCAACACGGUAAGGCAGCCCUUGGUGGUAAAUCUACCAAAUUCAUUAACAGAUGCACUUUAAAAGAAAGAUUCGAAUAAUUGUUUGAAUCCGAGCUCUGCUUGUUUGUCUCUCUGGGUUAAAAUAAAUAAUAAUAAUAAUAAAUAAAAUUUUAUUUAUAGCCAGCCCUCCCCAGCCAAAGCUGGGCUCAGAACAGCUAACAACAAUAAAAUAAUUGUACGAAGACCUGAGAGACUGAGGUUCAAAUCCCCACUCAGCUAUGAAGCUCACUGGAUAGAAGUUUAUACAGUGGACCCUCCGGAUAUGAAUUAAAUUCAUUCCAGGGGUCUGUCCACAACCUGAAAAAUCACUUCCGGGUUUGCCGCGUUCAUAACCUGAAAGUUACGCAUCCAGAGCGGUACGUAACUAGAGGUUCCGCUGUAAAAUGACGCACGGUUUGGAGAUAGCGGAUAUGAAAAAGAUUUUCUUCCUCUCUCAUAACACUAGAGCUCGUGGGCAUCCAAUAAUGUUGGAAUAUUCAGUGCCUAGCCCUCUGCUCAUUUGCUCAGUCCUCUUUCCAAGCCAUCUAGACUGCUUGGCUGUCCCUGCCUCCAGUGGGAGCCAGUUCCAUGCAAACUUCUGUGCUAUGCAGAACUCUUCAUCAAUAAGCAAAAUGUGUUUUUUAAAAAAAAGAAGUCUGAAAAGGGGCUACCACCUAAAGUAAUUACAAGUCUUUGCUUUAAAAAGGAAGCCUAUAUAUUUCUCAUUGUAGAAGCACACAGCCCAGACUUGCCUCUCUUUUGGUUCUGCUUAGAUAAAGCAUUCUGUGUGAACAGUAUUUUUUCCAUUUCUGUAUCAGUUGGUAGAAGGAAAUAUAUUAUUAUAUUAUUAUUAUAUAUUGAAUUUACCAUAUUUUUCCGUGUAUAAGACUAGGUUUCCCCCCAAAAAAUAAUAAUGUCAAAAAUCAGUGGGUGUCUUAUACACGGAUAGUGCUGAGGAUGGACUGGCGAUUGGUAGUUGCCCCCAAAAUAGACAAUGUUGUUGUCUUGAGUCCUGCUUGCAGGCUUCUCACAAGGGGCAUCUGGUUGGCCACUGUGAGAAGAGGAUGCUGGACUGGACAGGCCACUGGCCUCAUCCAGCAGGCUCUGUUUACAUUCUUACUGGGUUACCAGUUAAGGUUACUAGGCGUCCCCGUUUUCCGGGGACAGUUCUCAGAUUUACAGUCAGUCCCCUGAGAAAAUCCUAUCAUUCCUAUUGAAGUUGAAAAGUGUCUCUGGAUUCAUUGAAAAAAAUCUGGUAACCUUAGUGUAUUUAGGCCAUUCGCCACCUGUUAGCCUCCCACCAUUGCUGCGAUCAAAUGGGGAGGAGGGGUCUGAAGCCUGUGUGCACCUCUGUUGCUCGUCAGAAGGGAGGUGGGAUAGAAAUGCAAUAAUAAAACUCAAAUGCAUCUGGGUAUUGGGGGUCUCCCAACGAGCCAUCGCUAUUUGCACGCUUAACCAGUGUGGUGUAGUGGUUAAGAGCGGUGGACUCGUAAUCUGGUGAACCGGGUUCGCGUCCCAGCUCCUCCACAUGCAGCUACUGGGUGACCUUGGGCUAGUCACACUUCUCUGAAGUCCCUCAGCCCCACUCACCUCACAGAGUGUUUGUUGUGGGGGAGGAAGGGAAAGGAGAAUGUUAGCCGCUUUGAGACUCCUUCGGGUAGUGAUAAAGCGGGAUAUCAAAUCCAAACUCUUCUUCUUAACCUGGCAGGACACCCGGAUCCUGGGGGGAUACGAAAACGUCCCGACGAUUGAUAUCCACAUGAACCAGAUCAACUUUGAACGGGAGUGGUACAAGUUUCUCCUGGAGUAUAUUGCCCCCAUUACGGAGAAGCUGUACCCUGGGUACUACACCAAGGUAAGGAAUGGCUCAUCUGUUGUUCUGAGAAUGUCCGGAAUCUAAUCAACAGGAAUUGGGUCCUGCAGCUGGAUUUGAACUGGAGACCCUAAGUUGGUGAAGGGGAGGGGUUGCCAUAGGAAGUAAUUGCAGGGAGAGGAGGUAGGUUGGAAUAUGCACAAAUAUGCUGUGGCGAUCACACAGGGUCCCCGGACGUUUCACAGUCUAUUGACUCUGUGCCACCACUGUGAUUGCUUCCCCGCUGCCACCAACCCGUUUCUCUCGGGUACACACGGAGUCCAGACAGUUGUUAACAUUAAACCAAAUAAACAAGUUUAUUUUAUAAGCCUGAACAAGUUUAUGGUUUCAGAUAAUUUUUCUUGUCAGUUUCUUAAUCUUAGUUUCUUUACCGGCCUAUACCUUCCUAAUAACUUCUAACUGAUUAUCCCAACUGUCUAUCUGACUCCUCUUAACAGAUUCUCUCACUCUCUCACAUCAAACUAUCCCAACCCACAGAUUUAUCCUCACUCUCCCUUCUCUAACACCCGACUGACCCUUAACAACACUAACUCUGACUCCUCCCCUUGGGUUCCCACUUGCCAAUCACUUCACACUCAUUUAACCCUUUCCUUAUGACCCAGCAUGAUGUCACCUAGGAGGGCAAACGCCACAUAUGCGUUUUAAAACCCCCAAGAGGUACUGUGCUGUGGAAGGGCCGGAGAGCAGCUGCUAUGCAUGUAGAAGGUCUCAUCUUCAAUCCCCAGGUGAAACUGGAGAAGAUUCCCUCUUGAAACCCCAGAGAGCUGCUGCCAGUCAGCGCAGACAAUACUGAGCUAGAUGGCCCAAUACUCUGACUCAGGAUAAGACGGUUUCCUGUGUCUUAAGAAAAGGGCCAUAGUUCAGUGGUGGAACACCUGCUUUGCAUGCAGAAGGUCCUAGGUUCAGCCUUCAGCAUCUUCAAGCAGAACUGGGAAUAAUGUUCCUUUUUCUGAAACCCCAGAGAGCCGCUGCCAGCCAGUGCAGACAGUUCUAGAUGGGCCAAUUGGUCUAACUCAGUAUAAGGCGGCACAAUGGAGGGCUGUAGCUCAAUGCCUGCUUGGCAUGAAGAAGGUUCCAAGCUCCGGGUAGAGCUGGGAAUCUCCCUUGUCUGGGAGCCACUGCCAGUCUGUGUAGACAAUACUGAACUGGAUGGACCAGGUUGAAGACAGGUUCCUGUGUUCCUGAGUCACCUUAUAUGGACUCAGGCUAUCGGGCCAUCUAGCUAGGCACUGACUGGCAGCAGAGUUCACCAGGGUUUCAAGCAAGAGAUUUUCCCAGGAAGACCUGGAUCUUUCUCUAUGCAAAGCACAUCCUCUGCCACUCAGCUUCAGCUUGCUCUCCAACUAGUCAACGUUUGGUGGGCGGGGGAAAUCAAUUCUUCCAGGUUUGCUGCAGAAGCCAGUGGAGCACAGCACUAGCUGGCUGGCGGCUGUGACGUCUCAAACCCUCCCUUCCCUCAAGCUGUUUGUCCCCUGAUUGUCCCCCCUCUAACAAAAGUGCCAAACAAUCUUUAUAUACUAGUGGCUGCACAAAGCUUAUCGGGAGAGGCGAGACUGACAACUGAAUCAGCAAUGCCACUCUUCUGCAAUGAAACAUUGGUGAAAUCUGCUGCCUUGCCAUAGACAAAUCUUAGCCUGACAAUGCUCUGUCUUCCUUCCAAUUGCCAUGGUAGCCAUUUUCAUGAUGUGCUCUCUGCUCCCCGUUACAGACCCAGUUUGAGCUGGCCUUUGUCGUCCGGUACAAACCUGACGAGCAGCCUUCGCUGAUGCCGCACCAUGACGCCUCCACUUUCACCAUCAACAUUGCCUUGAACCGCGUUGGAAUAGAUUACGAAGUAAGUGCCAUCGGAAAUCGUUCUUCCGGUCCAGAAAGCAUCUGGAACCUAACAGGCUGGGAUUCACAAGAAAAUAAGAACAGCCUGCCGGAUCAGGCCAACGGCCCACCUAGUCCCAUCCAAGUUGGUGGCCGUCGCUGCCUCCUGUGGGCAUGAGUUCCACAGGUUAACUAUGCUCUGCAAGAAGGCCUUUGUUUUAUGGAUAGCUCAGUUGGUUAGAACGUGGUGCUGAUAACACCAAUGUCAUAGGUUCGAUCCCCAUAUGGGGCAGCUGCUGCAUAUUCUUGAAUUGCAAGGGGUAAGCAAACUAAGGCCCGGGGGCUGGAUCCGGCCCAAUCGCCUUCUAAAUCCGGCCCAUGGACGGUCCAAGAAUCAGCAUGUUUUUACAAGAGUAGAAUGUGUCCAUUUAUUUAAAAUGCAUCUCUGGGUUAUUUGUGGGGCAUAGGAAUUCGUUCAUAUUUUUUUUCCAAAUAUAGUCCAGCCCCCCACAAGGUCUGAGGGACAGUGGACCGGCCCCCUGCUGAAAAAGUUUGCUGACCCCUGGGCUAGAUGAUCCUCAAGGUCUCUCCCAACUCUGCGAUUUUAUUAUCUGUCUUGAAUCUCUCAACGCUCAGCUUCAUUAGAUGUCCACAAAUUCCAGGGUUAUGAGGGAGGGGGAAAACAAUCCCUAUUCACUUUCUCUGUGCCGUAUAUGAUUUUAUAAAUCUCUAUCAUGUUGUCUCUUACUUGCCUAAAAAGUUCCAAACGCUGAAACCUUUCUUCACUAGCUAACCUCAGUUACCACUCACAGUUAGCCCGGAGAGAGGUAAACCUCUUGCCCGGGUUCAGACGACACACUAAGUCAGACUGUGACUUACAGUCAUACCUCUUGUUACGUUCGGUUCAGAUUUCCUCUGAAAGGUUGAGUCCCGCGGCGACCCGGAAGUAACAGAACGGGUUACUUCCGGGUAUCGCCUCAUGCGCAGAUGCUCAGAAUGACGGCGUGCGCAGAAGCGGCGAAUCGCGACCCAUGCACUCGCGGGUUGCAUUCUGCUCAUGAUGCGAAUGGGGCUCCGGAACGGAUCCCGUUUGCAACCAGAGGUACCACUUUACAGUGGUACCUCGGGUUACAGACGCUUCAGGUUACAGACUCCACUAACCCAAAAAUAGUACCUCGGGUUAAGAACUUUGCUUCAGGAUGAGAGCAGAAAUCAUGCUCCGGCGGCACGGCGGUAGCAGGAGGCCCCAUUAGCUAAAGUGGUGCUUCAGGUUAAGAACGGACCUCCGGAACGAAUUAAGUACUUAACUCGAGGUACCACUGUACAGUGGUACCUCAGGUUAAGAACCUAAUUCGUUCUGGAGGUCCGUUCUUAACCUGAAACUGUUCUUAACCUGAAGCACCACUUCCUCAUUUAAUCCCUACAACAACCUUGUAAUGUAGGUUAGAUCGAGAGGCGGUGACUGGUCCAAGGUUCCCCCAAUCAGAGUGGCAUGGCUGAGUGGGAUUUGAACCCUGGUCUCUUGGGUCCUAAUCCAACACUUAUGUAGAGGCACUCCCACACUUUAGCUUUGCACAUGCAUAUAAAAUAAAGUCAUGUUCUCCCAGGAAAAGGAUGCCUGCAUUAUCAAAGCUGGAUGUCUGAUUUACCAGGAAGAACUAAGUGUCUCUUCUCUGUCUGGCUAGAUCAAGGCUGACUUUUUCCUGCGCAAACAUCCUUGACACAUUCUCAAGACAGUCUGAGUAAGCAGAUUCUCCUAACAAAAUCCUUUCACACCCUUUAAAAAAAAAAACAUUUUCUUCGCAUAUAGGCUAUCUAUCAAAGCAUAUAUGGUAAAGAUAAAGGUAAAGGGACCCCUGACCAUUAGGUUCAGUCGUGGCCGACUCUGGGGUUGCGGCGAUCAUCUCGCUUUACUGACCGGGUCAUGUGGCCAGCAUGACUAAGCCGCUUCUGACGAACCAGAGCAGCGCACAAAACGCCGUUUACCUUCCCGCUGGAGCGGGAAGCACUUUGACGUGCUUUCGAACUGCUAGGUUGGCAGGAGCAGGGACUGAGCAAUGGGAGCUCACCCCGUCGCGGGGAUUCGAACCGCUGACCUUCUGAUCGGCUAAUCCUAGGCUCUGUGCUUUAAUCCAAAGCGCCACCCGCGUCCCUUCGACAUAUACAGUACUGUACUAUAAUUCCACUACAAAAGCUUGUUGCUGUUGUUUUUUUUAUUAAAAAAACGUUAUUCCUUCUUUUCAGGGCGGAGGCUGUCGGUUCCUGAGAUACAACUGCUCCAUCAGAGCGCCCCGGAAGGGGUGGACUCUCAUGCACCCCGGCCGCCUGACCCAUUACCACGAGGGGCUCCCCACCACCAAAGGGACCCGCUACAUUGCUGUGUCCUUUCUUGACCCUUAGAGCUGCCUCUUCCAGAAGGACAGAGAAUGGGGAGGGGAAAUCCUUUCCUCCCAUUUUUAUGCCUCUGCAGGAAAAGCUCCACCAGGAAUGAGGAAUCCCUUGAAUUUACAGAAAGGAUUGGAGACAGAUCCGUCAUGUCUGCGCCCCACCUCUUGAGGAAGGGUGUCCAGUUCCAAAGUCGGGAGAGAGAUCCUGGUGUCCCAGGCAGAAUUAUUUCCUCCUCCUAAUUAGCAUCCUUCCUCCUAAUUAACCUUUAACAUGCGGCAGGAUCCUUUGGAAAUUUAUCCUGCUCCAGCCUUGCUGAAACCCCCCAUUUUGUUCCUUCCCAUCAUCCCUGGUGCUCAAAAUUCCCUAGUCAGGGAAGUAGCCUCAAUUUUUAGCCUCCAGCGAAGGAUUUCUCCGAUUCUGCUUUAGUAGCAUCUAUUUAGAGACAGCUCAAAGUGUUUCUCUACACCUCUAAAGCACAUGGUUCCCUUGACCCCAAGAAUCCUGGGAAGUAUAGUUUGUUAAAGAGUGCUACAAAUCCCAGCACCCUUAAGUAUAAACUGCACUUCUCGUGAUUUUUUUUUUGGGGGGGGAGCCAUGUGCUUUCAAUGUGCCACUGUGUACGCAGCCCUAGACUUCCAGGCAGAACAUCCAAUUGGUGCCUCCCAGUUACUGGUAAAUAUCUAAUAAUAAACUGAAUAAUUUUGCGAUUUGGUCCCCUUUCUCGACAUCCCAGUGGCAGCCACAACUCCCACCCUGACCCACACUGAAGUGGUAAGGCGAUGGCAGAAUGGAAACAUUAGCUGACUUCACUUCCUCCUGUUCUGCAAAGUGGGCCAGAGAAAGUCAAGUCAGGCUUGACUUAACAUUGGAUCGGGGAGGCACCAAUUUGCUGGGCAAAUUCCUAGCAUUCUAGGAAUUUCUCCCCUUGGUCUGACGUCACACCCGAAACAGAUCAAAGGCAGGCCCCAGAGAGGCACUUUCCAAGAGCUGUACGUAUUUAUUUGGGAAAGUUGGCCCCUUCCUUAGUAGGAUGCCUAGUUUUCCUGCACAAAAAGUUGUACAGAUUUCGACCGGAGAUUUUUACAGUAAAAAGUUUACAAAAACAAACGAGACGACUGUUGGUUUUCUUUACCGGUGGGGGUGCUCAUGGAAGGAGGCGUCCCAAUUCGCAUUUCAGACACUACACUGUGCAGAGAGGGGAGUCAGUGGGUCCUACUCCUCUUAACUCUUCACCGGAAUAGAUUCAUCAACAAUGUCAUGCAUUUAAGCUCUGGGUAGCAAAGCACAGACAGAUUUGCAAAUUUGUGUGUGUGUGUGUGUGUGUGUGUGUGUGUGUGUGUAUGAGAAAGAGAUAAAUUCCAGAGAGGCCAUCCUGUUAGGCUGCAACGGAUUGUAUUGGAUUGCAUUGCAGUCACUUCAGCACCAGAUAAAUAAAUAAAAACCACCCCCUUGGCCCUUGCUUGCAGAGCACAGUGACCCAUUGGCAUAUACAGGACAAUGUGAUAUUUCAGGGAUCCUGGUCCCAGGCUGUGUAGGGCUUUCGAUACCCAACCCGACACCUUGAACUUGACCUGGCAGCUAAUUAUCUGUGCUCAAAGCCGUUGGCAUCCGUCUGUCCCAGAAGACGGUGGAGGAGAGCAUCUUUGGGAGUGAAGUCACAGCAUUGGAGAGUUUCAGCACCUGCUGUGGCCGUCAAGACAGAUAUGGGAGAGACAUGUUUUGUUGCAGCUGGGGCAGGUGGGGAAUCUGGUUGUGCAGCUGCGAGUGCACUAUGGAAUUUUUCUCUGCUCAAAGUUCUUCUUCUUCUUCUUCU